AUGAAUUCUACUAUAGUUUACACCGCAGGGUGGCUUGAUGGCAAUUACUAUGACCCUACCACCUUCUUCGGCCAUCCCCUAGCUUAUGUGGUGUGCCUUUCUCUUCAUGGAAAACAGGAGAAGUGCUACCUUUUUCUCGAGGUUGGAUCACUUGCGUCGAGAUCACUUCCUGCUGUGCCUUCGCAGUGUUUACCGCUUGUAAUAUUGCUCUCAAGCAAUUCACCCGUCAAUGGUACCUUAACAACUUCUUCGACUCCUAAAAAAACUCAAGACUCUGACACCAUCCUCGUAGAUUUUUCUUGCUCAUAAUCUGGUUAUCUCUUAUUUUCUUUUGUAAUGUGAUAAGCAACCACUGAACAUCCUCUUAUUUCUCUGUUAUUCACCUUGCG